CUGUGGAAUUUUUCUCGGCCGUCACCGCUGAUGCGUUCUGUAUAGCGACACCGACCGAGCUUAGUUUACCGCGUCUACAUGUCAAAUGGUGCUCUCGGGGUGCAUUUAACACAAGACCACCCGGUAUGCCGCGCUGGUUAUCGGUGCGCUGCUUUUAGAUCUGGGUUCGGUCAAUGAAAUUGAGUCGAGGAAGCUUGAGAAAAGAGAACGAGAGCAGAAUAGCAGAAGGCCACAGGUCCCCUCAUCUUGCUAACAUACACAUACACGCACACAUCAGUCCGGCCUUGAUGGUGAUGUAUGCAAGGAAACCAACAAGACUCAGUGAUGGGUGCACCGACAGAAGGGAUUCACAGUCCUAUCAGACCCAUAAAUCUCAGCCGAAGAGCCAGACCAGCAGCAUUCACCGUUACGACAAGGUGCGCGAUGGCUCAUCAGAGUCCACGCCCCCAUAUAAAAUGCUGCGGUGCUCAGAUGAAAGUCCUUCCAGCAGACAUGGAGAUGGCACAGGACAUAAGUCAAAAAUCCCCCACACGGUUCGAGCUAAAAAUGGGACCAGUGACUCUCCUCAUGAAAACUCUCAAAACAACAGCUACCACCAUGGUGCCGAAUCACAUUCAACUUCAACUCAGAGCAAGCCAGCAGAGCGAGACCCUGCAGAUGACUGGACGGAACACAUUAGCUCUUCUGGGAAAAAGUACUACUACAACUGUAGGACUGAGGUCUCCCAGUGGGAGAAGCCCAAGGACCUGUUGGAAAGAGAGCAACGGCAGAAAGAUCCAGUUAAGUUGGCGGCAAACAGCUUCCCGAGGGACAUGGACUACAGACAAGAGUCCUUGCAGGACAAAGCAACAAAGAAUACUUCAGGGGGCCAGACCAAUGCAGCCAAUCCAAGCCCCAGCCCCAUGUCCUCUACUUCUCAAAACCUAAACACAACUUCUACCACAUCUGCCACAUCCUCGUCCUCCACUACUGGACAAUUAAGUCAAAAUGCCCAAUCUUCACCGCCACUGCUUCAAGACCCAGCCCUCCUGCGCCAGCUCCUGCCUGCACUUCAAGCUACUCUGCAAAUGAACAACGGCGGGAUGGACAUGGCUAAGCUUAAUGAGGUCUUGGCAGCUGCGGUCACCCAAGCUUCCUUGCGGUCUGUGCUUCAUAAGCUCCUUACUGCUGGACCUGCUUUCAACAUCCCUGCUCUGCUCUCAGCUGCUCAGCACGCCAACCAAGCACAGCACUCAAGUCAGUCCCCUGCAUCUCUGACGUCAGACACAUCGUCCCCACGACCUUAUGUGUCACCACGGAAUGGCACCCCGCAGAGCAACCAGAAAAACCUUCAGAAUGUUUACUCGAGCAGUAUUGCAUCCUCGCAGACUAGGGGCAGUACAUCUUCAGCUAAACAAAGUUCUGCCCCUCAGACUCAGACCACAGAGAAGCGUCCUGAAGACCCUAGGACCCUCCAGCAAAGAAGCCAUGAAAUUCCCUCGUCUGGCUCAAACACAGCUGGUGCAAUGUUGUCCCAUCCUACAUCCAGCAGCAACACUCAAAGUCAAUCUGACACUCCCACAUCCUUCACACCCUCCCUGGCAACUCACUUUGAUGAGAAUCUCAUCAAACAUAUCCAAGGAUGGCCUUCAGAUAACACUGAGAAACAGGCGGCCCGGCUGCGUGAGGACAUCCACAACAUGGGAAGCCUCUAUAUGUCAGAGCUUUGCACGGAGAUGAAAAACCUUCGCUCCCUGGUCAGAGUCAGCGAAAUCCAAGCCACACUGAGGGAGCAAAGAAUCCUGUUUUUGAGACAACAAAGCAAAGAGCUGGACAAGCUGAAGAACCAGAACUCUUACAUGGUCUGAAGAACCAAUUGAAACGGAGGGCUUAGAAUGCCUAAACAGCUGCCUCUCUCCUGUUUCUUGCCCCCCGCAAAAGCAACUUGCGAGUGAGGCUCUUGGAUGGCCACAAUUUAUCGAGGAUGAGAGUCAUCGUCCUGAACACGUCUGCCAUGACUUUCCCCCAAUCUCCAUUUAUGAACCGUUCUCGUUAAAACGUGAAAACUGAUAUCUCACUAAGCUGGUUGCAGAGGACCUCAGGCUCUUUUCUAAAGGCUCCUUCUGAGAUCGUGUGUAUCGUAUGCAGUUUGUUUUCUGGCGUCUUUAAAAUGUGUUGUGGUCAGGAAAAGGUUAGUCUAUUUUCUUCAAAUAUAACAUUCUUGGCGACAAGUUCGUGAUGGAGCUGUGCUGUUAGUCACAUCUGCCUUCUUAGCCUCUUACGUGGACUCUGGUUAGAUUUGUUGUAACGAGUCACACGUUCUAAAAUGUACUGUUUUCAGUGACAGUGAUGAUAGUUUUUUUUUACCCUUUGAAUUAUCACCAUUCCAUUCAAUUUGCAGCUGUUGCUCAUGUUAUGACAUGACAUGGACUCAUAAUUUGUAAAAUGAAAAUGUUGUUAUCCGAAUAAGGAGCAUGUCUUAUUUUUCUGUAAUGCCACCGCACUGGGAAGUCACAGUAACUUAUCUCCAGCCACCUGAUGUUUGAAAGCCAUGUUGCAAAUUAAAAAUCCCACAUUUUUGGACCUAGGACAGCUGCUAAUGCGAAGAGAUCACGUUUGUGUGAUUACUCGAUCCGUUACUGUGUUUUAGUUUUUCUUUUUUUUUGAAUUUUUGUAACUUUCAAAUCUUUUGUGUUUCCCUUAUAUCCAAAUUUGUCGGAAAAUUCAUUCCUUUUGUGCAGUGUAGCAAGUAUGUAAAAUUCCUAAGUGACUGAAUUAAGUCAUGUAAAUUAUUGAUGAUUGUGCUUGUCAUUAUGCGAAAUCUAGCUGGAAGACGGAUUUUUUUGUUUUUGUUUUGUUCCCCAAAUAAAAUUGAAAAUGUAUUUUCGCUUUUUUUUUUGCCUCAGUGGCUAUUGACCCUUUUCCCUCAACAUUCAAAUUUUAUUU